CAUAGAAUACACCAUAAUAUAUCUCGAACACCAAAUAACAUUAAUCACCUACCAAUUGUAAAUAUUAGUCCAGCAUAUCAUGUAUCACAACCAACCGAGAUAACACUUAGCUAUUUUUAUCUCUGUUAUAAAACAAGUAAAUUUAAUUCAUUUUUUGAAACUCUCUCAAAAAGUACGCCAAAAUUCUGGAGAAUAUGGUUUAAUUUGGGAAUUAUAGUUGGAAUAUUAGCAAUGAUUUUAGGAGUUGGUGUUAUGAUCGUGGCAGGAUGGAAAUUGUUAAUAGGGAUCUUUAGAAUUGGUACCUGGGAUAAUGAGAAUCAUGAACAAACGAGAUUUGUGAAAAGAAACUUUGAAGAAGCUCAUCAAGUUGAAAGCAAUGAGGAUCAUCAAAUUUUUGUACCAGUUAUUCCCGGAGUGACUUUACCAAUUUCACAUCUUAUAUAUUAUCUUAUUGCACUUUUGGUUUGUGGAAUCUUACAUGAGGCUGGUCAUGCAGUUGCAGCUUACUGUGAACUUGUGCCAAUAACUGAUGCUGGAAUAUUUUUAUAUUUCUUUUAUCCGGGAGCAUUUGUUAGUCUUUCUAGUCAAUUUUUGGAUAAUUGUUCAUCGGUAAAAAAGCUUCGCAUCUUUUGUGCAGGAGUUUGGCAUAACGCGGUGAUAUUUUUAUUGGGUACUCUCAUCUUAAAUUCUGGAAUAAUUAAAUUAUCCAUGAGUCUCACCGGAUACAGAUCUAUAGAAGGAACUGGAGUUAGCAUUAUUAGUAUUGAAGAGAAUACAGAUUUUGUUGGAAUAUUAUACCCUUCAGCGAUAAUAACCAAAAUAGAUGAUUAUGAAUUGAAUGAUGCUUCAUUAGAACGAUGGAAUACUUAUUUAUUGCAAAACGAUAAGAUAAUAAAUAAUACUCGUGGGUUUUGUUCAUCUGAAAAGGACAUUAUACCAUCUUUAGAUUGCUGUAAUAUUAAUGCAGCUCAUCCUUAUGGAAAUUCAGAAAACAGAGAAGUUUUGUGUUUUCGGCGAUCUGAUCAAAAUAAUUCACAUUAUCAGAAUGAAUUGAGUUGUCGUCACGCAAAUCCAAUAUUAGCCAAUAUGAAUGAACAAAGGUGUGAAAAAGAUUCUGAUUGUGAUGAAUCAUUACCUACGUGUGUAUUACCAUAUACACUUCUUGGAUUCCCUAGGCCUGUAAGGAUUUAUUUUAAACAUUCUCCAUGGAAUGGAAAUCAAGAUGAGAACACACAAAAUGUUUUGUUAUGGCUUGGAAAUUUAAAAGAUUUGUGGGAAAUAAUACAAGUUAGCAUUCUUCAACCAAGAUGGUCAUGGGUUCCUCUUUGGAUACCACUUGUUUCGGAAUUAAUUUUAAGGUAG